AUGCAGCACUUCCUCUACGCCGCAGUAGCGCUGUCUGCCUUAGCUAGCGCCCACUAUACCUUCACUGGCAUUGAGCUCAAUGGUGUCAAGAAAGGUUCAGACUGGACGUACUUCCGCGAGCACACACGCGGUUACAUGCCAACGUACGGCCCAGACAUCGCUUCCAAUGACUUUCGUUGCCAGCCCGGGGGUGACUCUGGUGCUAAGACGGAUGUUUUGACUGUGAAGGGUGGCGAUAAGUUACACUUCACGCUAGGCUUUGGCAAAACUGGUAUGGACCAUCCUGGCCCAGCAGCAGUCUUCAUGUCCAAGGCCCCCAGCGAUGUCAAGUCCUACGAUGGUUCCGGUGACUGGUUCAAGGCUUUCGACUCUACACUCUGCUCUUCUCCCAGCGCCAUCACGACCACGGCAUGGUGCAGUUACAAACAGCCUGGUGUCGAGUUUGUGGUGCCUGACCGCCUACCAGCAGGCGAGUACCUCAUCCGCCCUCAGCAUAUCGGUCUCCACGAAUCUCAGGGCGACGGUAAAGGAGCACAGUACUUCUACUCUUGCGCCCAGGUCAAGAUUGAGGCUAGCUCGGCCAACGCAUGGCUGCCUACUAGGACUGUCAAGAUCCCAGGUAUGAUCAAAGAACAAGACGAUGGUGUCAAAUUCAACAUCUGGUACCCUCAGCCGACAGCCUACCCGUACACGCCUGGUGGUCCACUCAUCGUUGGUGGACAGACGCAAGGUGACUCCAAGGGCGUGAGCAAGUCGAUCGUGACGGUCGCGCAGAAGCGAAGCAUUGGUGGCAGUAUGAUCGCGAGGGCAAGGGAUCUCGUUAGCUCUUGA